CUCAUAUUGUUGUUCUUGAUCUAUCUUUUGACUACACUUGGAUAUUUUCGUGGUGUUCACGUUUUAUUUUUUUUAAAUUAAUUUAAUAAGUGCAUGUGAAAACAUAGUUACGAUUGCAAUAAAGGGGAUGACAUACGGUGAUAGACCUAUAGAAUCUAAUAGUAGAUCAUUAGUCAUGGAUGACGAAUUCGAAGGCUUGGAGGAGUAUGAAAUAAUUGAUACUGAUGACUUGGAGGUAGAAAUAGAGAUGAGUUCUACCUCCGAAGAAGAAGAAGAAGCAGUUGGAUAUGAAUCUGAUAGUGAGUUUGAAAGGAAAAUGUCCUGUAUUCCCACCACCGACCAUGCUUCUUUUAUUUUUUCAAAACAUACAGGAUCUGUUUAUUGUAUUGGAAUACAUCCUCAAGACGAAAAUAUAGUUAUUACUGGUGGUCAAGAUGAAAAACCAUAUAUUUGGAAUUCUCAAACAGGGGAGGUUUUGAUGGAAUCUGAUAAAUUUUCUGAUUCUGUACUGAACGUUGCAUUUAAUCAUGAUGGUAAAUAUGUGGCAGCUAUUGAUAUGGGCGGUAAAAUUCAAGUUUGGAAGACUUUGCCUACUGGUUUUAAUGAUGUUUGGGAUACCAAAAUAGAUGAUGUCCAGUGGAUGAGGUGGCAUCCUCAAGCAAAUGUUCUCCUUGUUGGAGAGUCUUCUGGUUCUGUGUACAUGUGGAAGAUUCCAUCUGGCGAGUGUAAAGUGCUUCCAGGACAUAGGGAUUUAGCUGAUGUUGGUGCUUUUAUGCCUGAUGGUAAGAGGGCUGUCAUUUGUUAUAUUGAUGGCUCCAUAAGGGUAUUUAAUCUGGCUAAUGGCAACGUGUGCAUGAAGUACGAUUCUCCAGAUAUUCAGUUAGAAACAGUCAUUUCUCUGGAUGUACAUCCUGAUAAUAACCUCGUAGCUGUUGGAACCAUUUCUUCAAGGUUAUAUGUUCUCAAAACACAGGGAGCUAAGUCAGCACAGCAGUUCAUGUGUGUAGAGGAGCAUGAAAAAGGAAGUGAGGCAGUUACAACGUCUAUUGAGUAUGUGGCUUUUUCGAGAAAACUUCCUUAUAAUGUUAUAGUUGCAGCAACUGACAAUGCUCUCCAUGUAUACGACUAUGUUAAAUCAGAAGAAAGGGGUUACAUUCCAAUAGAGGAAGGAGUGACAAGACUUGUUUGGCCAGAAGGAAAACACACAGUUUAUGUAGGUACAAAAGUAGGAAAAAUUGCAGUUUGUGAUAUACGGGCUCUUAGAAGGAUAGGGACAUUGGAAGGACACUCUAAGAGUAUUUUGGAUUUAGCCACUACCAAGGAUGCCAAAACAUUAUUCACCACUUCCGAUGACCAUACUGUGAGAUUAUUUCCUGUAGAUGAACUUAUGCCUCAAUUUGGCAAUUCUACCGAAUAAUUUCUUGUAUAUUAUUUGUAAAUAGAAUUGUUAAUCUGUAUAAUGUUGAUCCUGAAUUGUAAAUUAAGUUAUGUGAAUAAAUAUUUUUUAUAUUUUAUUUUUUCUUGAAAUUACCGUGAUAAAAAUUUAAUAAUUUUAUGAAAUAGUUUGACAAAACGUUACAGAUUUUUUUUAUCAAAAC